GGGCUUCUGAUACAUGGCGCCUAAACCUAUCAGCGACAGUGGACAAUUUGGAAGAAUCUAGAACCAUAAUUCAAGUCCAGGUUAUUAAUAAUUCUCUCAGAGCGCUUGAUUAAUGAUUUAAAUUCUUUUAAUGAGCAUGCAUUAGUUACUUCGUCAGGUAGAUCAUUCCACAAGUUGAUCGCGUCGGGAAGAAAUGAUUUGGACAAGAAUUUCACAUGUCAUGAUGUUGCUGAUUGCUCGCUUGUUCGCGUCUCUCUGUCCCUGAAUCACUGCCGUCACACAGUGACACGCCCACUCAUCAGAAGUAGAUUUACCUGAACAUUAAAAAAUAAAUAUAAAACAGAAAUUAAUAAUAAUUAAUUAGUUAUUAGACAGAUGUUGGGAUAUACUGAGCCCUAAGCAGAAUUGUUUCUGAUUCAAAUCAAAGGUCAAAUCUGAAAGUACAUAUCUGUGACAGCCUCGGGAAUUCUGAGCUGUAAAGACGUUUGGGAAUAUGAAAAGUGUGAUUUCAUACUUGAUAACAUUUGAAUUGCUAUUAAUUAGACAAUAAGUCGUUUCCUGAUGACAAAUGAUAGGAGCUUGAAAUGUUUCUGUCAAAGCGGAUGUAAAUGUCUACUGUCAAUAGCCACUUAAACAAAGCCACGGACAGUCUAGAGUAGCAUGGUUUUAGUUAAUUCUUGUACUUAUCAGUACAUCAACCUUUCCAUAACCCAUCAUAUAUUUAAAUAAUUGGUAAAAAAAUGUCAAUUUCAGAUAGCAAUAUCCAUUUUUUUUUUCCAAAUAAUUGACGAGUAUUGUAUUGACAGAAAUUAUUUGGGGUCAUUUUCUCUGUGAACGCAGCCAAGCACUGGGCGUCUUUAGAAAACGUUGGCAUUCGUGUUCAUUUUGUGUUUAGUUAGUAUCUCAACACAAUUCUUUUUACAAGUUUCCAAAUGGAUCUGUGUGUUGUUUUAGCUCUAACAUUAGUCACACAGUCGUACAGCCUCCCAGCACACGACCGACAGCCUCUUGGUCCAGAGAUGUGUAGACACCUGUGUAGAACAAUUGUUGGUUGUACAGCCCCAUCCUUCCACCCUACCAGUCUUCUGUGUCGCGUAACCUACGUCAUUACGAUGUCGUCUACAAACAGCAGGAUGUCACGGACGGAGCGUCAGAAGGGGGAAGAGCGAGACGUACCUGACGCUGCCCAGUGUUCAAGAGGCUCUAAGAUGUUCUACAGCCGGGCGGGGGCAUUGCAUUGUGAAACACAUCCCAGCUCUACAGUCUCAACCGUCUCCACAGUGCCCACAGUCGCGCAUCCACAGGACAAACGCAGAGUGCUACUUGUGCCAUUUAUGGCGGAUUAUUGGAAGAGUCAGUUUUAUCAAACCGCCUUUCCAUCGUGGACCGUGAUGACGUACCCUGUAGACAUGGAAAAUGUGACGGCCAUUGGUUACAUACCGUCAUCAUAUGGUCUCCUUUUGUCAGUAAGUCACGGUGGAAAGCUACUAAGUUUCAAACUGGAAAGACAGAGCUCACAGACUAUUUGGGAAAACCUUCUGGUUCGAGACAUCGCCGUGGAUGACGACAGACAUGAAGCAUACGUCGUUACAGCUGAAGCAUCAAAACGAGUUAUGAGGAUUACAGUAGAUGGUACGCCAAUAAACGCAUUCCAAUCCAUGGAGGAUCUUCAGCUGAUUACAGUUGACUCCAAGAGACGUGUGAUGUAUGUAAGCACCUCAAGAAAACUACUUCGGUGUAGCUAUUCAGGAAAAGGAUUUACGACAUUAAUCCAGUCAAUACAAACAACGUCUUUGAGCUUUGAUCGCUCUCAAGAAGUGAUAUAUUUCAAUAACGACCGUGAUGUCAUCAAAUUGUAUCCGUUAAGUGGAAAAUACAAUGUCUUGACGUCAUUGAACACUACCCCGUCAAGCAUGAUUUCCGUUCAGAAUACUUUAGUUUUAAGCACAAAAGAUGGGGUAUUUGUGUUACCCCCAAACAGUCCUAAAGCUAGUGAUUUGUAUGCAGUAAGUUGCCGUUUCGUGCUUUGUGCUGUCCCAUGUAUUAGAUAUUUGUGUUAGACCGCCCUCGCUAUACCUUACUGUCUUAGGACCGGGUGGUCAGGCUCGCUGACUUGGUUGUAGGGCUGGGACGGGUAACCCAGAUACCCGGGACGGGCGGGUGAAGAGUUGGACCCGGGUAUCCAUCACAUUACCCGGACCCGCUUUGAUCACGUGACUAAUGAAUGAAGACUUAAUUGAAUGUGUUUAUAAUUAUUAUAUUUACAACGAGAUUGUUGUCUUCUGUUUGAGAUUGUGGACUAAACUAGCACUGAAAACUCACAAUAUAUCAACU